GGAGGAAAGGAGGAAAGUGGAGCUUUGGCUCCAGGCUUAAGUCCCGGGACUCUAGGCGCCGCUGAGUAGGCAGCCGCCUACAAACGCUUGAGUCUCACGUGGCCCCACUCUAGCUUUUUUUCAAGGGGCUGGGACUCGCAGGAUCUGCAGGGGUCCGUAAGACUGGGUUCUGGAUGUAUUUAUCCACUCUUGUUGAAAAGUUUUAGUACAACCAGCCUAACUUAGGACAUUUACUUGUUCCAGGCUGUCUGUGGGACACAGCUCUGUCCUCAGAGCUGCCUCCCUCUCUGGUAGGGCCGGCUGUGUGCCAAGAACACGCCCAGCUAGAAGUCUUCUCCCCCAGCUGGAUGGUGGUUCUGAAAGAAAACAGGCCCAGAGAGCAAACAGGAAAGGGCAUGGCACGCAAUUGUAUUUGUCCUGUAGCCCUUAAGGACCUACUAUGUGCCAACUAGUGGUACUCAGGGAGCAAUUAUCGGAGCCCCUGCACGUCUCCAACUGAGACUUAAACAUAAGUGGUCAGAGCAGGAGUGUGCAAGGUAGCAGUGGUCCCAGAAUCGGCUCAGUAGUGGAGACCCGCUGGAUCCAGGCUGAGACUUGGCAAGAGCCGCGUGCGGCGAAAAGUGUUGCCGGGGCGGUGGUGUUGCGCGCCUUUAAUCCCAGCACUUGGGAGGCAGAGGCAGGCGGAUUUCUGAGUUCAAGCCAGCCUGGUCUACAGAGUGAGUUCCAGGACAGCCAGGGCUACACAGAGAAACCCUGUCUCGGAAAAAACAACAAACCAAACCAAAAAAAAGUGUGAUACUGUUAGGGCAACAAAUGCUUUGAAGUUAGCAGAGUUUGGAGCUCCUCCUGAAUGCAACGAUUUCUGAAAGGGGAGUGGCAUGGUCCAAUCUAGGUGUGAAGAGGUUCUCUUGAAUGCAACUCAAAGGACUUGGGACAAAGGAGAGAGGUUGCAUUAUCCUAGAGGCUAGUGUCUUGGUGUGCUAGCAGACACUUUGUCAGACUAUCAUGCACUUUGUGACAAGGGCAGAGCACAGCACUUCUCUACACAGCAUGGUAGAUAAUAGACGAUUGUGCAGACAAGUGAGGGAGAAGAGGAUUGGCAGAAGGAAGAGAAAGCCACAGGCCGGUGAGACAUCCACGGAAGACACAGAAAGUACACGUGGCCUAUGAGGUCGCUAACGGUGAGGAAGGAAAGGAUGCUGAGCCCCUCAGAGUGCCAGUGUGGGAGCCCCAGAACUGGCAGCAGCAACUGGCCAACAUCCGCAUCAUGAGAAGCAAGAAGGAUGCACCUGUGGACCAGCUAGGCGCCGAGCAAUGCUAUGACGCCAGUGCCCCCCCAAAGGUGAGGAGGUACCAGGUACUCUUGUCGCUAAUGCUCUCCAGCCAGACCAAAGACCAGGUUACAGCGGGCGCCAUGCAGCGGCUACGGGCCCGGGGCUUGACUGUGGAAAGUAUCCUGCAGACAGAUGACGACACACUAGGCAGACUCAUCUACCCUGUGGGCUUCUGGAGGAGCAAAGUAAAAUUCAUCAAGCAGACAAGCGCCAUCCUGCAGCAGCGCUACGAAGGGGACAUCCCUGCUUCUGUGGCCGAGCUGGUAGCCUUGCCAGGUGUUGGGCCCAAGAUGGCACACUUGGCAAUGGCUGUGGCCUGGGGGACCGUGUCAGGCAUAGCAGUGGACACACAUGUGCACAGAAUCACCAACAGACUGAGGUGGACCCGGAAGACAACCAAGACCCCAGAGGAGACACGCAAGAACCUGGAAGAGUGGCUACCCAGGGUGCUGUGGAGCGAGGUCAACGGACUACUGGUAGGCUUCGGCCAACAGAUUUGUCUUCCUGUCCAUCCUCGAUGCCAGGCCUGCCUCAACAAGGCCCUGUGCCCUGCUGCCCAGGACCUCUAGGAGUCACAGGGCUUCCUCUGGCUAGGGUCUGUGAAGUGCCUUUGGGGGGCAGGGAUAAGUUUGGGGGCUUGUUUGUGGGUCAUGUAAUAAAGCUGAGGAGUUUUCACAGUUGAA